CGGAAGUGCUCGGCGUGCGAGAUGGCGGCGCUCGGCGGGCUGGGGGCUCCCGACGGCGGGGGCUCGUCGGGCUCGGAGGACGAGGCGGCGCCCUGCGCGGCGGCGGCGGCGGCGGCGCAGAAGCGGGAGGAGCGGCUGCGCAAGUUCCGCGAGCUCCACAUGAAGCGGAAUGAGGCUCGCAAGCUGAAUCACCAAGAAGUGGUGGAAGAAGAUAAAAGACUUAAAUUACCAGCAAACUGGGAAGCAAAAAAAGCUCGACUGGAAUGGGAACUGAAGGUGCAGGAAAAGAAGAAGGAAUGUGCUGCAAAAGGAGAAGAUUAUGAGAGAGUUAAACUACUAGAGAUCAGUGCUGAGGAUGCAGAAAGAUGGGAGAGGAAAAAGAAGCGGAAAAAUCCAGAUCUAGGAUUUUCAGAUUAUGCAGCUGCUCAGCUGCGCCAGUACCAGAGGUUAACCAGGCAGAUCAAACCUGACUUGGAGCAGUAUGAGAAGCUGAAAGAGCAAUAUGGGGAAGCACUUUACCCAACAUCAGACAGUCUUCUUCAUGGAAGUCAUGUGCCAGAUAAAGAAGGGAUUGAUAGGAUGGUUGCAGAUCUUGAAAAACAAAUUGAAAAACGUGAAAAAUACAGUCGAAGACGUCCCUACAAUGAUGAUGCGGAUAUUGACUACAUUAAUGAGAGAAAUGCCAAGUUCAACAAGAAAGCAGAAAGAUUCUAUGGGAAGUACACAGCAGAGAUUAAGCAGAACUUGGAGAGAGGAACAGCAGUCUGAAUUGCCAUCUCCAUUGAAGUGUAUGAUACUAUCUUCAUACCAAACUCUGAUGUAAAAGGACUGUAGUAAGUCACAUCAGAAAAACUUUGCAGACUUUCUCAUCUUAAGCAAUGUAAAAUCUACUGUAGUCUAAGGUUCUGUCUGUAUCUGCUAUGUUGUAUAAGUGCUUCAGUAGUAACUUAGCUGUAUAUAUAGCUUUUAAUUGCAUUAACACCCUGCUCUUUUCUUGUCAUGCUUUAAAGGUAAAAAAUAAACUAUUAUCACUCCA